GGGGCGGGACCCGUGGCAGAGUUAAUCAGUUGGUCACUGCACUCCUGAGCACAGUCCUGAUCCAGAGGUAACUGUGGACAUAACUGCUGGCCUGAAGGGAGCCUUGGAACCGGCAGACAAGAUGAGCGAUAAACCAGACUUGUCAGAAGUUGAAACGUUUGACAAAUCAAAGUUGAAGAAAACUAAUACUGAAGUAAAAAAUACUCUUCCGUCGAAUGAAAACAAGAUGAGCGAUAAACCAGACUUGUCAGAAGUUGAAACAUUUGACAAAGCAAAGUUGAAGAAAACUAAUACUGAAGUAAAAAAUACUCUUCCGUCGAAGGAAACUAUCCAGCAAGAGAAAGAACACAAUGAAAGAACAUAAAAUGAGACUCUCCUUUCAAGAGCAACAACAACAUUGCCUAACAGUCAUGGCUCUAGGCUUGUUUCUGUAACCCUAUGCAAUAUAUAGACAUGUUAGGCAGCUCCUGGUAGAUCCAUUUACUACCCUGGCUGCAAAGGUCAGCAUUUGCUAUGAAUCAUUAAAUUUUUUUGGUACUGCUCACUGGUGUGUAACUUCCUUGUCCACACUCUUUUGUUGGCCUUGGUGCAUAUAGGUUUUUCAUUUGCUUUGCAAGGCAAGACAAUUUUAACCUACAGUAGGUGCUCAGUUGCUUUAUCAUCUUUGUGACCUUGCAUAGUUUCACAGCUCCUUGGGCCUAUUUUCAUUUCGACUGUGACAUUAAAUUAUAGUCCCAAACUUCCCAUGGUACACUCUUUGUAGCCUAAGGGAUAAAAUUACACAAGGGUACUUGUUUCCAAUAAACAUGGUUGGAAGAAAA